AUGAGGAGUCCAGUCCCAACGGGGUGUCUCUGGUCUCUGGCAAUUCAUCUCCUGCUGACACUCGGUGUCCACGGACAGGAUAUGGCCAGGAUCGGUCGUCUCCCAACAUGCAUGACAUACAACGGAACCGCCUGUAGCGCCAUCCUGAGCAAUUCCUCGUACUAUGCACCGAUUCCGCAGUACCAGUCGCUCGUGGACCCGGUGCUUCUGCAGAACUUUUCCUCGCCGAACUUUGUGGCGCUCUCGAGCAUGGACCGUACCUGCGCGACGGCGCUGAUGGCCGGCGCUUGUCGUCAGGGGUAUCUGUCGUGUGCUCCUGGGGGAUAUCCUAUCCCGCUGUGCCGUAGCUCGUGUCUGCAGCUCCAGGCCGUCUGCAAUACAACGCUCUCGGCAGUCGGCAUGCUCAGCAUUCUCCCAAACUGCUCCGCGCCUGUCUUCGCUUCGGCCAACUGCACAAGCUCCUCCGGCCAGUUCAUGGCGACCGAUUCAUCGUCCAACGUGACCUCUACCAACGGAACGGCACCACCUCCGAGUUCAGGAGCAUCCUGUCCACCCCCGCUCAUCGUCGACCCGAACCCCCAGAGCGCUAACCCAAACUGCCAGUAUGGGUGCUGCCUGCCCUGUCCAAAAUACAAGCUGUUUUAUCCACAAGGCCCGAUCCAGGCCGCAGAAAUCCUAUACAAGACCCUGUUUCUUCUGUCCUUGAUUGGCUUCCUGCUCGUUGCUGUUGCCGUCCUGGUUUCCAAGAACGGCCACAAGUUCCCAAAGUGCCUGACGGCAUACUUUAGCAUAGCUGGGGUUCUGAUGAUGUCAGUUACCUUUGGCACAUACCCAUAUGGAAUAACGGAUGCCACGCAGAGCAACAACGUCCGCUGCCUGGUGACGGGAACUAUUCUGCUAUUCUCCAUGUGGUCGCUUGUCCUGUGGGCUGGGCUCUUGCUGCUCUCGAUCCAUAUGAUCAUUGUUUGGAACAACCGGCUGCUUGCGGAUCACCAGAAAAAGGUCCAUGUCUUCUGCUGGGGUGUUUCCUUGAGCAUGACCCUCGCCGUGGUGCUGACGGGCAAACUCGAAGCCUACCCCGGCGACAUUUUUGCUGAAGGGUCAUCCAUCUCCAGUCCAGGCGGCAACGGCGAUCUGAGUCUCUUCUUUGGGCCGCAUCUGGGCAUCGUUCUGCUAUCGAUUUUGCUUCAUACGGCCACAUCAGUCCGGAUCUUGAUGGCCACCAUCCAGCGGCGCGAUCUGGUCAAGCGCGGCUGCAUCCUCAGCGAGAUCAAGGCCCUCUGGCAGCCGACACUGCUGGCGAUUGUCUUCAUCGCCGUCUACAUACCCUUCCUAUACUCUCGGCUCGUCAUCAUCCGGCCGCUCUUUGGUCUGUCAGCCAGCACACCCUGGGUGCAGAACUGGCUGAUGUGUCUGAUCCAGAACCAGCCCAACGGAUAUCAGCAGUGUCUUCCGCUGGCCACGCCGAACGUCCCGGAUAUCCGAUUGCUCAUCUUCAUGAACGUUCUCUGUCUCGGCUGCGGAAUAUGGGUGGCCAUGAUCAUGCUGCCGGGCCACGGAUACCGCAACAUCUCGACGGCCGUAACGAGCUUGGUCUCGGGAGCAACCUCCAGCAACCCCGAGAACCACCUGAUCCCCCCGAGUCCCGGCGUGAUCACAGAUCAUCCUGCUGCUCAGGCAGCCGGGGUGAGGCGCUCCAUGAGCCGCCACAACUCGUUCACGGGCAUCCGCUCGCCGGGAUCAGCCCGUGUAAGCAUUGACGGGACAAGUUCGAUUCAAAAGGACAGCAGCGGUUCCCUCGUCCAGCCAUGAGCGCCAGCCAGUCCAGUCCGCCAGCCGGCAAUCUCAACCGGCACCCCACCGACGCUGAGCGGAAAGUGCAAUUUGAUGGCGAUCUUGGCAAUAGAAAGGGAGCAAGGAUCAAAGGACCCAUCCACAUGCACACCGUACACCUUUGGUCUCGCAAUACACCAAAGCGUUCUCCCACAGCAGCGACGAUGGUAUCGUGUGCCAAGGGACGCAAAGACCACCCGGCGAUUGCGCCAGAGGGUGGUCUGCAGAUCCUACAGCAUCGUCAGGGACCGGCCACUCAAGCCAGCCCCACGCACGAUCUGAGUCUGGAUCUGGAUCCGGAUCUGGGCAAAGCCCAGCUGCGGUCGAGCCGCGCUGGAGAUGUCACACAGUCUACUAUCAAACCCAGGUCAUCGGUGUCUUUCCUGUGUUAGCGAAUCUGUGGUUCGUUGUGUCUCCCCAUUAUAAAAAUGACGCCGUCGGGUGUGGUACUGCCGGCGACGAGGUAA